CACAGAAACUACUGCCUGUCAGUCUGACUUAGGACGCACUUUACUUUCCACAGCAGUCCCGCAGCUCGAUUAACCGAAGACUCAGGCAGAAAGGCGCACAAGACGGGGCAUGAUGGUGCGGGCCAAGCUGAGGGUGUAGCCACAUCUGGCAGAGACCGCUGAACUAAGCAGGCGCCUCCGUACACCAGACCAUCUACUGCAGCUGGGAAGAUGGGAGAGACAGAGGAGGAGAGGGACAAUGUAGGGAAGCUGUUUGAGAACUUCAUCCAGGCCUCGACCUGCAAAGGAGCCCUUCAGGCCUUUAACGUCCUCUGCAGAUGCCAGAACCUCGACCCCGCAGAGCACAGCACCUUCUACAACAGUCUGAAGGCAAAGGUUACUUCCUGGAAAGCAAAAGCGCUUUGGAGUAAGCUCGACAAGAGGAUGUCCCAUAAGGAGUACAGAAAAGGCCAAGCCUGUGCGGGCACUAAGUGCCUCAUCAUCGGAGGAGGUCCCUGCGGCCUGCGGACUGCCAUUGAACUUGCCCUACUGGGUGCUAAAGUGGUGGUGAUUGAAAAGAGGGACUCUUUUUCCAGGAACAACGUGCUCCAUCUUUGGCCCUAUACCAUUCAUGACCUGCGGGGACUGGGGGCCAAAAAGUUCUAUGGAAAAUUCUGUGCCGGAGCCAUCGACCACAUCAGCAUUCAGCAACUGCAGUUGAUCCUGCUGAAGGUUGCCCUGAUUGUUGCCGUGGAGUUUCACAUCAAUGUGGAGUUUGUCAACCUGUUGGAACCUCAGGAAAAUGAAGGGGUUGGGUGGAGGGCUGCAAUCCAACCUGCUGAUCACCCCGUGGCUAACUUUGAGUUUGAUGUGGUGGUGGGAGCUGACGGACGCAGAAAUACCCUGGAAGGUUUCAAAAGGAAGGAGUUCAGGGGUAAACUGGCAAUCGCCAUCACAGCCAACUUCAUCAACAGGAACACCACUGCAGAGGCCAAAGUAGAAGAGAUCAGUGGAGUGGCUUUCAUCUUCAACCAGAAGUUCUUUCUUGACCUCAAAGAAGAGACAGGUAUUGAUCUGGAGAACAUUGUGUACUACAAGGACAACACACAUUACUUUGUCAUGACUGCCAAGAAACAAAGCCUGCUGGACAAGGGAGUCGUCAUCAACGAUUACUCAGACACAGAGAUGCUGCUGAGUGGUGAAAACGUCAACCAGGAAGCUCUUUUGUGCUACGCCCGAGAGGCUGCUGACUUUGGCACAAACUACCAACUUCCCACACUGGACUUUGCCAUGAACCAUUGCGGGCAGCCAGAUGUAGCAAUGUUUGACUUCACUAACAUGUACGCCUCUGAGAACGCUGCUCUGGUCAGGGAGAGAUUUGGACACCAGUUGCUGGUAGCACUGGUUGGCGACAGUCUGCUUGAGCCCUUCUGGCCAAUGGGAACAGGCUGCGCCAGAGGCUUCCUGGCUGCCUUCGACACGGCCUGGAUGGUAAAGAGCUGGGCGCAGGGUCAGCCGGUCCUCGAAGUGCUGGCAGAGAGGGAGAGCAUUUACCGACUACUACCACAGACAACCCCUGAAAACAUUGCCAAAAACUUUGAGCAGUACACCCUAGACCCAGCAACUCGAUACCCCAACCUCAACUCUACCUGUAUCAGGCCUCACCAGGUGCGUCAUUUGUACAUUAGCGGACAGCUUAACCCCUGCUCUCUCGAGCGUGCCGCUACCAUACGACGGCCUGUUAAUCUCUCCAGACGUGACUCAGAGGUCAGACCAGCGAGGCUUCUCACUUGGUGCCAGAAGCAGACGGAGGGCUACAGGAAUGUGAUAAUCACAGACCUGGCGUCUUCUUGGAAAAAUGGUAUCGCCCUCUGUGCCCUCAUCCACAGAUUCAAGCCUCAGCUGAUAGAUUUUGACUCAUUAAACGACGAGGACCACGUUGCAAACCUCCAGCUGGCAUUUGACAUCAGUGAGCGGGAAUUUGGGAUUCGUCCAUUCACAUCUGCGAAGGAGCUGAGUAAAGAGGAGGAGCUGGAUAAAACCAAGAUGAUCAACUACCUGUCCAAGUUCUACGAGCUCUUCCGCGGAACGCCUCUACCUGCAUCAGGUUCCAGAGGAGUGGAUGAAAACAAUGAAGAUUAUCCGUCGAAGGAAGUCAAAAGUAAUAAUAAUGUGCUCAAUUUUGCACUGACCAGGAAACGGGUGCCAAAGGAAGAGAAGAAGCUAGACGGUACAGACCCCAUUUACAAAAGAAGGCGGAAGUUCUAUUUGGAGGAGGCCACUAACUUGGCCAGUAAUGGCUCCACAGUUCGAGACAGGCCGGAUCCAAAGGAAAAUAAAGUGCGCUCUAUGGCUACGCAGUUGUUGGCCAAGUUUGAAAAUAAACCGAACUACACCAUCCGCAAAACACAGUCAGACUUGGAGGAGUCCUCAUUCCUCCGUACUCUCGACCUCACUGACGGUCUGCCCGUUAAACUCAGACCUCCGGUCCCACCCAAACCUUCUCCUGUGACACAGUUUGGAGUCAGUAUCAGAAAAGCAGCACAACAGUUAGUCCGCCUGCCUCCAAAGACUCUGCCCAAACCCCAGCUUCAGCCCCCACAUCCAUUUUCUGUAGUAAAGCUCAGACAUGUCAAUCUAGCGCAUGCUGAGACGAAGCCUCAGCUGGAGGGUGCAGAGCCCCCUGUUUCUCCUUCCUCCUGUCAGUCAGCAGUCCAUUUCAUGACAAGAGUCCUCCAUCGUCUCAAGGAGGUGGACGAACACAUCUCUGAGAAAAAAGCUCAGACACAACAGGUUAGAGAGUUUCAUGCAAAGAGUAUAAAGGAAAAAGCCGUCCACCUUAGCGGGUUGUUCCCAGGAAACGGUUCUGAUGUACUUAAGGGCGGCUCAGUACGAAGGGCGUUUCCCCCGUCGGGUGACAAGUGUCACUCGUGUCAGAAGCGUGUUUAUAUGGUGGAGAGGAUCUGCACCGAGGGGCUUUACUUCCACAGGGAGUGUUUCCGCUGUUCGACCUGCAGCUCUGUUCUUCGACAGGGAGCGCAUGCUUUCCACUCUGAAGAGGGGAAACUCUACUGCAAACUGCAUUUUGAUCAGCGGAACAAUGGGACGAGCAUACGGAGGACUUUCUCUCUACCCUCAGUGAGACCUAAUCGUGAUAGCAUUCAGGAGCACCGUCCUACUGAUGAAGAUAUCACCCCCUCCAGCAGUCCGGCAGACCUGCAGAGUGAACCCGCAGCAGCGGACGCCUUUUAUGAAGCCUGUGAGACAAUCGGGUGGUUAGGAGAAAUGACUUUUUAAAGGAGUGUCCUGUAUGAUGCAAGAGACUUUUGGAAAUGCAGGACACCAGGCAAGUGUUCUGCAUUUCUAUUUCAACCACACCUUCUGAGGCCUUUUUCCUGUGACCAUUUCUGCACCACCUCAAUGCCACAGCACCCCCAUUUGGUCAUGGUUUCAUUUGAGGUUAUUAUUAGAGACAGACUGAUCAAAAUAUCGUAUAGUACCGAUACCAAUGCAUGAUCAAUACUAGCGCAAUAGGAUACUUUGUUUGUAGCCUUGAACUUGAGGAUGCAGCCCACCAAACUGUGUUAAAUGAAAAAAAUAUACCUCCAAUAUGCACUAUGAAAAACGUGAAUGUUUUUGUGAUGACUGUAACAUCUAUUAUAUUUACAGCCUUCAGCACAUUUAAAUAUCAGAAGGUGACCCACUGUGCUUUAGAGACAGACAUGUUUAGAUUCCAAGUCUACAAAAACACAACAAAAUCCAGUUUAAAAUACAUGAAAAGCCUAAAGAUUUAUUUUUCCACUAUUGGUAUGGUAAUACUGGACCUGUCUUUACUUGGUAUAAGAUCAGUGCCAACAUUUACAGAACCACACAGCACUAGUUAUUAUCUUGGUUUGGUUUUUGCACAACUAUCAUAUGCCACAUAUUUGCCAACUCAUCCAUGCACCGCUUUACACCACUGACACGGACUUACACACAUCAUGAUCAUCAUAAUAAACCCUUAGUAAUCCCUAUUCAAUUAGUGGCGUGACUCUGUCCUUUGUUGCGGCCUACACGUUAACAAUGACACAUAUGCUACACGCAGACAUUGUGCACAUUUGGAGGCAGCAUCUUAACAUUACUGAGGAUUAAUUAAUUAUUUAAAUGAUCAACAGUGUAAUCACUACAAAUGGAAAAACACGAAGAGACACAUCCUGCAAGCCAUCACUUCUAAAGAAAGCACCAGGCUAAUUCAUGAUCUGGUGUUGGAUCCAUGAUGCUCAUUAGUUAUUUAUAGUAAGGAACACUGCUCUUCACUGGCAAUCAAAUCAGUACAGAAAGGCCUGAAAACAGAGGCAUGUUGUACAGACAGAAAGUGUUUGUUUUUACAGUCUUAAUGCAGUCCUGAAUGCAAGCAUGUUCAUGACACCCAUGAGUCCCAUUAACCCAUUUCUGUUCCUAUUUGGGAAUAAAAAUGCCCCCUGUUAACCUGGCUGUUUGAAAAUAUGUGCUAUAACAAAAACAAAAGUAAAGAGGGUCCUGUAUAAAUCCAUAGGUCCUGUUGUGAGGAGCUCAACAGAGUCCAAAGAGUAAAAGGUUAUUUGAGCCAUACAGCUGUCAGAUAUGACCUCUGAAUUGGGACACAAAAAAGGAAAGAGGGAAUAAAUCUUACUUUUGUUGGAUGUAUUUAUUAUCAAAACACUUUUUAAAAUUUAAAAAUCCAUACUAAAUACAGUAGAUUAUAGAAUUCUACAAAGGAUCUUGGCGUAUAAAAAAGAUAACAAAUGGGACACAACAGUUUUGCUCUUAAAGAGUUAAAGCUGACAAAUGUGUUUUGUGUAUUUACACUGGCAAGGACUUUGCACAGCCAUCUCUAAGUGAAACAUAAAUUGAACAUGUUACUUAACUCUUUCAUCACCUGUUGACACGUUUAUCUGCCUUGUCUUAUUUGCCACCUGUAUGGCACGCUCACGAGGCCACACCCUGUUACACAACCUCUGGCAGUGUGGUGCAUAAAUAAUUUGGUGGGACUUGUGAAUGAACUAGUGCUUUGGAGUAAACAAACAUUGUUUUGUUUUUUUCACCUUCACAUCACAUGUCAAUGAAAGAAUUGUACAACUGUACUGUAAAUACAGAGGUGAAAACCUCAGGAAUUCAUAUAUUCCUUUGGGGUCAUGUUUAAAAUGCUGCUUCUGAACAAUACCAGCUGUAUCUUAUGAGCUCCUGAAGUUACGUGCUGCUGUUUUUUUAAAAAUUUGACUAGCCACUUCUUAGACACGCCUGUCUUUUGAUGAUUCAUAAUUUCCAGAGGUCCUUGUUGUGGCUGAUUUAAUAUCAACUGCUUUGAAUGUGGCUAAAGCUAAGCUAUUCCAAGUGUGAUGCGUGAAGUGCAACAGAUUAUGAAAUACAAAGGCCAGCUGUAAAAAGAAAAAAAAAGCAUAGAAAAAUGACAAGGUAUAAAGCCCCCUUUCAAAUCAUUCACCUCACUGUAUCUCUCUCUCUGCUAAACGUGCACAGACAGAUGUUAAAAGGUGUUGAUGGAUGUCCUCAGAGCAGCAGUCAUUCAUCUUCAUAGAUCCCUUUCUUUUGAAGGACUGGUGUCAGAACACUAGCUCCUAAUGGAUGACUUGUUCAGACAUGUCUGUGCUGGUGUCUCUCACCUUGUUUUCUGUCUAUAACUGUUUGCAGUCGCUUGUAAAUCUGGCCGACUCCACCUUCAAAAAAUGUGCCUAUAGUUUGAGCAUACAACAUGUCUUGAAAUGCAUAAAUCUUAGCUGAAGUGGUGGUUUGUAGCAAACACACUGGAUUUGUAUAUUGAUAACAGCUGUUGUCUGAAAAUAAGUCUAAUGUUUUUAGAUUGUAUUAUACUGUGAAUGGUGUUAAUAACCUCUGAAUAGCUCCUCUUAAACAGUACAGAUAACAUAAAGGUGUAACAAUGUCCAAUAAUCCAAGAGACAGGAUAUUAAGGGAGGGGGAAAUAAACAAAAAAAUGCAUUUCAAAGAAUUAGCAAUGGCUGAUUUGGAGGCAGGCAAUAACGUCUAAGUGCAAGGAUCAAGGAUCACUAUAUACUGUAUGUGAGCUGGAACGACAUAAAACAGUGGUGUCUGUGUAGCAACCAUAAAUGUCCCUUGUUAGAAAAGCAUUUAGGUAAAGGUAAAUGCCCACUAUUUGUCACACAGCGGUGGCUCUGUUGUAGUUAUUUUCUAAUAUUGCAGAAAUGGUGCUUGAGAGAAUCAUGGAAAUCUAAGGGAGACGCAGCAGUGGUGUGUUACUAUUUAAAACAGCCACAUAAAGGUACUACGUGCAAGUGCAUAUAAGAAUUUUAUAUUUUAUUAUAUGAAAUUGCAGUUUAUUUAACAUGUUUCCUUAUAUUGCAUUUUUAUUCAUUUACUUAUUUUUCCACCAUGAUCCAAAAGCACUAGGAUUUUCAUUCUGGGUAAUAAUAUAUGCCUCCCGCCCCAUGUUUCUAUAUUGCUGUUGAACAGACACACCACAUGGUUGAUGCUGAAUUGUCAAUCAUUGCAUGUCGGAAAGUGUCAGUGGUAAUUUCCACGUGUGUUAUUAGGCAUUUUGCACUGACUGUUUAUAUUUGAAAUAAAUUUGUUGAUAUCAUUCAUCACAUUUCCAACACAGGUGCUUGAUAAAUUAAUAAAAAAUCUAUAUGAAGAGUCAAAUUAAGGUGUGGGAGCGAUUGUAUAAAUUUCAAGCUUAAAUUAUACAGUGACGAGGGGUGGAUCUACAU